AUGGCUUCUCUACAAAUCUCAUUCUUGCCAUUCAUAUUGGCCAUUCUUUUCAGUCUGACUGCCUUUGGCGUCGGUGUUGCCAGCCUAGUCGACUACAUCCACCAACGAGAACAUCUUGUCGCACUAGUCGAAAAUUCAAAAAUCUAUGACCGCGCAUUCAUCAUUGUGGGCAGUUAUCCCAUAUUCGCUAGUCUUUUCAUUGCGAUAAUCUCUUGUCUCGGCUUCGCGCUGCUCUACUUGCAGUAUUCCCUGUCGAACUUCACGAAGUUAUCAUGGAGAGCUAGCGUCAUACUAGCUGUAACAUGCUUUACAGGUGAUGCUCUUGCAUUGACCAUUAUCGUGGCCACAAAAGAUGUCACAUAUGACAAUGUUGGUCCGCAUGUUACGGUGUACAUGGAUGAGGCUGUUGGAAGCUCUGGUGUGCCAUUGGACUAUAGACAUGAUCCGAAAGUACUAGCCGCCGUGGUUUUCACCUGGGUUGCAUGGCUUUGUGCUAUUUUCAGCUGUGUCUCAUUGUUUUCAGGGCAGAAGAAAGUUGGGGUUAAAUGUGACGAGAAGCAAGUGUCUAGUUCGGGCAGUUCUAUGGGGAGUUCGAGUGAUAUGGAGAAGCCAGUUGAGAAGUCUCUGGAGUAA